AUGACCACCAAAAAAGAGAUUCAGGCGCUGCUGCGAUUUCUCUCCCAAGAUGCGAGAAUACCGCUUCCAACGGCUAUGAGCAAGAUUAAGGAGCUACAGAGCGCCAACCUCACAAGCUCAGACUCUCUUGCAAAGUCAUCCAUCACAGCUAUCCAGGCUAUAUUUACAGAUGAGAAGCUCGCAAAGCAAGUAUUGAGUGCUGCCAAAAGAAUCACCAAGAAGAGAGGGAGGGAGCCUGGAGACCCUUCUUCGGAAUCACCAGCCAAGCGCAAGAAGACCGUAUCUACGGGAGACGUUGCUACUCCAGCUGCGAUCGAAGAGUCUCUGGCCCUCCCUAAAUCCGAUGCUGACGAGGAAGAGCUGGCGAAGAUUAUUGUACACACCAAUCGAGCCCCACUAGUCUUGGCGUUUGCGACCAAGUUACUGGAAUUCACAAUGCCAACCCAGCCGUUAUCCUCCCGACUAAGCCUGGCUCAAGCAGUCGUAAGCGUGAAUGCAAGGACUAAAGCCCUCAGCUUGGGCAUAGAGAAGGGGACUAGUGCUGAAAACGAUGGCUGGGGCCAAGGGCAGCCCAAAAUUCGUGUAAUGGGAAGGAGUAUUAGAGUUAUGAAGAGAUGGGGUUACGAGUGGAAGGAGAAACCUGAGGCGGCAGGAAAUCUGAAAGAGACCUCAGAUGCUAUGGACAGUCAAAAGACUUUGAAGCAAGACAGCGAAGCCGAUGAUGAGCCAGCACUGUGGGGCCUUGACCUCGAAGCUUUGCGUUCCUCUAAUGGUCCGCUGGUCUCUGGUGCGCAGGGUGCGGAAGGUUCCGGCUUGCCCAUCUACACUGCUCAAUCCGCAAGAGCGUAUCUGCUUAAGUCGUUUGCCUCGGUACCGUCUCCAACGGACGAAGCAUCGUCGCCAAAGAAGAAGUCUGCAGCCAUGCUAAAAGUGGAAAAACAAUGGAACCUAGGCCUGGUCCUACGGGCAUUGGAUUUAGUGUUCCAAUCUUGGGCACUCUUGGACCGCGAAGAGCUCGACAAGAGAGCGUGGGCUUGGUACGUAGCCGUCAGACCGGAAGUCGAGAAUGGUGUUGCGGGAUGGGGAGGGAAGGGAGAGGUAAAGCUUUCUCAGAUCCUGAACUUGCGAAGAAAGGGCUAG